AUGGGAGAAUAUAUAAGAAAGAUACCUUUUUUUAAUGAUUAUGAAAAAAAGAAGGAUUUACUAAAAUUUCCUCAUUUAAAAGAAAGUGAUAAUGAUGGAAAAAAAAACUUAAAUAAUAAUAUAAACCAAGAUGUGUAUUAUAUAAAAAAAAGAGAGAAUAUGAAGGAUAUCUUAACUUAUCUUCCUAAUUUAAAUAAUAGAACACAAAGGGAUAUUUUUAAUGAAAGAAAAAAUAAGUUAAAAGAAGACAUUAGUGAAAGUUACUACUCAUAUGAGGAAAAAUUUCCAUUUCUUAUUAAUACAUGCGUAAAAAAAAUUGAAGAAACACGGAAUAUGGGAGAUGUACUAAAUAAUAAAUAUGAACCAGAUGAAACAAGAAAAACUAGAAUUUAUGAAGGCAUUAAAACGAAGACUAUGUUAUUAGAAGCAAGAAAAAAAUUAUAUAUGGAUGAAUUAAAAAGUAUUAAUAGAGAGGCAAAAAAUUAUAUGUAUAAUAUUAUAAAAAAAAAUAAUAAAAAUAAUAUGGAUAUUAUAAAAGAUAAAAAUAAAAUAUUAACGUUAAAAAAUUAUGGUUUGGGAUUAGCUCCUUCAAAUUUCGUAUUUUCAUAUCCACAUAUUCAAGCCAAAGGGAGAGGAGGUUUCGCAACAGAUAUAAUGAAAUCAAUUAUAUUAAAAAAUAAAAAUGAAAAGAUUAAUAAAAAAAUAAAUGUAAAUGAUAUAAAUGAUUUAUAUAAAGAUAAGAAUAAUAAAGAAAGGGAAGAGAAAGUUUUUCUAAUGAUAAAUAGAUUCAAAUAUAUAAAUUAUACUAGAAAAAGCUAUUCUGUUGAUAAUUAUCUUAAGGAGAAACCACAUAUUAUAUUAAGAUAUAAAGGAUUUCAAAGAAAGGCAUAA